AGAAUAUACCACCACCGAGAACCUUAGCGGCGCUUCCCGUUCUCUCUCUCUCUUUCCUGUUGUUCGUGUUUUGUACUUUGGGCAAAUUUCUAACGUCUCUCCUCUGCGCUUUCUUAGUCGAGGAAAGUUCUUCCAUAAACCUGCUGUGCACGCGGGCCGAACUAGUGGACACCUUCGAACUUAUUUUUUUAAUUUUUUUGUUAGGAGAAAUUCAAAGAAGAGGUCGGCCCUAAAAAUGAGCACACGCGCCACUCUCGCAUUCGCGCUGAUCGCGCUGUUGUACGUGGCUGUUGGCACUUCUGCCGCCUCAUCCAUCCUUGGCAGCCACGCGGAGGGUAGCCUCAUCUCGCCGUCGGCAAACGCGUACCGCAGCCGACGCACGCUGAUGCCAUUCAAUUACUACAUGAUUCCCGUGUGCACGCCUACGACGGAUCAAUUGAAGCAGCAUGGCAAGGAGGACAUUGGCGGAAUUCUCACUGGCAACCGACUCGUGCCGACGCUUUUUGAGUUCACGGUGGGCACCGAUGAGAAGUGCAAACGAUUGUGCUCGGCACGUUUUACAAAGAAUGAUGUGCGGCGAGCCAACUACAUGAUCUACAACAAAUACGACGUACGCAUGUUCCUCGAUGGUAACCCGUUGGUAUCGACCUUUACGGAAGAGGGCGGCUCUGUUUUCUACCGUAAGGGAUACUCGUUGGGUACUCGGACAGUGAAUCUUGAUGCCAAGAAGACGGAGAAUCACAUCUACAACCAUCUCGACUUCACGAUUCGCUACACCUAUGAUGUGGAUCAAAGCUACGUGAUUACCGGGUUCCAUGUGACGCCGCGGAGCUACGCGAGCGUUGGUAUCUGCAGUACGUCGGAACUCGGGGACGUGGCAAAGAAUGCGAUGACGCUCCCAACUGUCGCCAGCAGUCAAGAUGUUUCGGUUCCCUACACCUACAGCGUCACGUGGGAGGAGAACAGCAGUUCGUACGUGAUCCUGCACAGCGUCGAAGAAGCGGUGCAGAAGCGCGGGCACAAGAUCGCGGCCAUGUAUGGCGUGCUGCUGACGGUGCUGGCAGGCGUUGUGGUGGCCUUUGUGAUGCUGCGGACGGUGCGCAAAGACCUCGCUGUCUACCUUGACGAGGAGCUCAACGAAAUCGAGCUGCGCGAGGAGUCGGGCUGGAAGCUCGUGCGCGGCGACGUCUUUCGUCCCCCGCCGUACGCGGUCGUGCUCUCCACCUUUGUCGGCGCCGGCUGUCAGAUCGCGGUCACGGUAUUCGUGACAGUGCUGCUGUGUGCGACUGGCGGCGUCAACCCUACGAUACGCGGCCACUUCCUGACGACGACCAUCAUUGUUUUUCUCCUUAUGCACAUCGUCGCCGGCUUCGUGACGUCGCGUCUGCUGAAGCUGUUUGGCAUGGACUCGUGGAAGACGGCGAUGCUGUGCGUGGCGGCCUUCCCUCUCACCCUCAGCGCCGGUGUUUUGACGCUCAAUUUCAUGCACUGGUUCAUGCACUCCACCGCGGCAAUUCCGCUCGGCACCAUCGUGUCGGUGGCACUGGUGUGGGUGCUCGUGUCCAUCCCUUUCGGCGCCGCCGGCGUCUUUAUUGGCUACAGCCUGAACACGAUCGCCGUCACGGCGAAGGUCAGCAGCAUCCCGCGCCUCAUUCCGGCGGAGGCGGGCAGCCGUACGCUUUUCGUCGUCAUCGUCGGCAGCCUUGUCCCGUUUGUGGCCUGCUGCGUCGAGCUGUCCUACGUGCUGAACGCCUUCUGGCGCGAGGAGCAGAUGUCCAUGUACGGCAUGCUGGCUUUUUUCCUGUGCACCGUGGUGGUGCUCUGCGUGGAGGUUGGCAUCGUGGUCACCUACAUUACGCUGCGCGGCGAGGACUACCGCUGGUGGUGGCGCAGCUUUGGCUCGUUGGCAGCGACGGGCGUGUACGUGUUUUUCUACAGCAUCUUUUUCCUAAAGCACUCCCUCCAGAUCCGUCUUGUUGCCUCGGUGAUUCUUUUCCUGGCGUACAUGUUCGGCGUGUCUGUGAUGUUCGGACUUGCGUUAGGCGCCAUCAGCUUCCUCGGCUCUCUCUGGCUGGUGCAGCGAAUGUAUGACGCGAUUAAAGCUGACUGA